AUGACCAUGAGUUCCUACUUGAUAAACUCCAACUAUAUCGAGCCGUCCUUUCCUCCAUGCGACGAAUACCAGCAGGGCGGAUACAUCCCCAACCCGGGGGACUACUACGAGCGGCCGAAAGACUCGGGCUUCCCCCACCACGAAGAGCCGUCCUACCCCAGGUCCAACUACACGGAACCGGGCUACGACUACGCCGGCGUGCCCGCCGCGGCCGCCGGACUGGACGAUUUCGGUGACGGACACCUUUCCGCCGCUCAGCCGCCGCCAACGACGCUCGCUCAGAGCCACGGACCGCGCCUACAGGAGGGCUCCGGAGCGGGGGCCGCCAAAGACUGCAGCCUCGCCGGGGAAGUCUACCCUUGCGCGGGGAAGCAGGGCAAGGAGCCCGUGGUCUAUCCCUGGAUGAAAAAGGUCCACGUUAGCACCGUCAAUGCCAGUUACGCCGGAGGAGUGCCCAAGCGGUCCCGCACUGCCUACACCCGCCAGCAGGCUCUGGAGCUGGAGAAGGAGUUCCACUUCAACCGCUACCUGACCCGGCGCAGGCGGGUGGAGAUCGCGCAUACAAUGUGCCUGUCCGAGCGUCAGGUCAAGAUUUGGUUUCAGAACCGCAGGAUGAAGUGGAAGAAGGAGCACAAGCUUCCCAAUACCAAGAUUCGCUCCAAUUCGGCCUCGUCUUCGUCCACGUCCGGGGCCCAGCAACAGCAGAUGAAAACAGGCCAACAGCUCGUCCCCACGCCGUGCACUGUGGCUCUAUAG